GGGCGCGGCCCACAAUGCCGCGCGGCGCGGGGUCCUUCCACUCCCUCGGCGCCUCUCUAGGGCUGACCAGAGCCCGCCGGUGCGCGGGCGGGAGGAAGUGGUGCGGGGCUCGGGCGCGCAGCGGGCGGUCAGGCGGUGCAGGGGCAGGCGGUGCAGGGGCAGCCUGGGGCCUCGGCGUCCGCUCGUUUGAAAACAGUUGGCGCCGUCGCGGCCCGUUCCCGCCCCGCCGGGCUGACGCGGCGUCGGCCCCCGGGAGCUUCGCGCAGUGUGAGAGCGGCGCUGCGGCGGGGCCGGGGCGCCUGGCGCCGAGGGCGGCCGCUGGCAUGUCGCUGCCUCCGGAGAAAGCCUCCGAGCUGAAGCAGCUCAUCCAGCAGCAGCUGAGCAAGAUGGAUGUCCACGGCAGAAUAAGGGAAAUCCUGGCGGAGACCAUACGGGAGGAACUGGCGCCAGACCAGCAGCACCUGUCGGCGGAGGAUUUGAUCAAAGCGCUUAGACGUCGAGGAAUCAUUGACGAUGUGAUGAAAGAACUUAAUUUUGUUACUGACAGUGUUGAGCAAGAACUCUCUGCCUCUCCAAAACAGCCUGUUGGCUUUGAUAAACAAUCAACAUUAAAAAAAACUAAUAUUGAUCCAACACGGAGGUAUCUUUACCUUCAGGUUUUGGGUGGAAAAGCUUUCUUGGAACAUCUUCAAGAACCUGAGCCUUUACCAGGACAAGUUUGUUCAACUUUUACUUUGUGUUUACAUUAUCGGAACCAGCGUUUUCGUUCUAAACCUGUUCCAUGUGCCUGUGAACCAGAUUUUCAUGAUGGCUUUUUACUUGAAGUACACAGAGAAAACUUAGGUGAUGGAACUAGAAUGGCCGAUUCAACAACAAUGUUAUCAAUAAGUGAUCCAAUUCAUAUGGUGCUCAUCAAAACUGAUAUUUUUGGUGAGACCACUUUAGUAGCAUCGUAUUUUCUGGAAUGGCGAUCGGUUUUGGGCUCAGAAAACGGUGUGACCAGCCUGACGGUGGAACUUAUGGGUGUAGGCACAGAAUCAAAAGUUUCUGUGGGAAUUUUAAAUAUAAAAUUUGAAAUGUACCCACCACUCAGUCAAACACUAUCUCAAGAAGUAGUAAACACACAGCUCGCUUUGGAACGUCAGAAGACUGCGGAGAAAGAAAGGCUGUUUCUUGUGUAUGCGAAGCAGUGGUGGAGAGAGUAUUUGCAGAUCCGACCCUCACAUAAUUCACGGUUGGUCAAGAUUUUUGCUCAGGAUGAGAAUGGCAUAAACAGGCCAGUCUGUUCCUAUGUGAAGCCACUUCGAGCUGGACGGCUGCUGGACACCCCAAGGCAGGCAGCAAGAUUCGUGAAUGUGCUCGGGUAUGAGCGGGCCCCCGUGAUUGGAGGAGGAGGUAAACAGGAGCAGUGGUGCACUCUGCUGGCCUUUCUCUGUAGGAACAAGGGUGAUUGUGAAGACCAUGCUAACCUCCUGUGCAGCCUCCUCCUUGGCUACGGUCUGGAAGCUUUUGUUUGUGUUGGUACUAAGGCCAAAGGGGUGCCGCAUGCCUGGGUCAUGACCUGUGGGACUGACGGCACCAUCACCUUCUGGGAGAGUUUGACAGGACACAGGUACAUCCACAAACCUACCAAUCCUGAUGAGCCUCCACUUGCUGAGCAACCCAAACCGCUGCACCCGUACCGAACAAUUGGUUGUGUUUUCAAUCAUCAGAUGUUCCUGGGCAAUUGCCAGCCCUCUGAUGCUGUGGAAACCUGUGUAUUUGAUUUGAAUGAUGAGUCCAAAUGGAAACCCAUGAGUGAGGAAGCAAUUAAAUCUGUUUGUGCUCCAGGAGCUACAACCUCCCUCCCGCCCUUCCCACCGCUGUGCGCGUCCACAGUGGACGCAUCAGUGACCAGUAAUGAAAUUGAAAUGCAGCUGAGGCUCCUGGUGUCCGAGCACAGGAAGGAUCUAGGCCUCACCACCGUGUGGGAAGAUCAGCUUUCCUACCUUUUGUCGCCAGCGCUGGCCUCCUAUGAGUUUGAGCGCACAACGAGCAUAUCUGCGGGCAACGAGGAGUUUCAGGAUGCCAUCAGGAGGGCUGUGCCAGAUGGGCACACAUUUAAGGGUUUCCCGAUCCACUUCGUGUAUAGAAAUGCAAGGCGCGCGUUCGCCACGUGUCUUCGCUCCCCUUUCUGUGAAGAAAUAAUCUGUUGCCGUGGAGACCAAGUGCGGCUGGCGGUGCGCGUCCGUGUGUUCACUUAUCCUGAGUCUGCGUGUGCUGUUUGGAUCAUGUUCGCUUGUAAAUAUCGCUCUGUGUUAUAGGACUAACAUUGCCGCAAGAAUUAUAUGUACAUUUUAUUGGAGUUUUCCACAUUGUACAUUACUACCUGUUGGAGGUUUCUUUAAAAUCACAGUCUAGCUUGA